AUGUCCGUGGCCAGACUGCGACUUGGUCUCUGCCUCCACACGAGAUCAUUUACAUCAUCAGCACCUUGCUUGUUCUACCAUUCAACCCAAAACAAAUGGAUCGGUCGCUGGAAUUACCUCCGGCGACGGCGCGAAGACGCAAAUGACGAGGAUUCUGCAGCACGCGAAAAUGAAGAAGAGGCUGCAAAAUCGGCAAUACUCGAAAAGUCUUUUGAAAGUAGACAGCCAACAGACCUCAUGCUCCGAUGCACCGUCCUCGACUCUGCAGGAGUCGUCAAGACGAUCAGCGGCAGCUUUAAAAAAUCAGACCUUGCGUCAGAACACAAACUCAACCCUCGAGACCUACGCAAGAUAGAUUCCCGCAUUCCAAACCUCGUCCCGACAAUUCUCGUCCGCAAAGAGGCCUUUCUCGUCAACAUUCUCCACAUCCGUGCACUCAUCAAAGCCGACACGGUGCUCUUGUUCGACACGUACGGCAGCGCCGACUCGCGACUUCACUCCAUGUUCCUCUACCACCUCGAACACAACCUCAAAAAGGCACCCUCCAAUUCGUCCUCCUCUAGUAGCAGUACAUCAAUGCCCUAUGAAUUCCGCGCACUAGAAUCCGUCCUCCUCUCCGUCCUCUCGGCACUCGAAUCCGAAAUGGUCUUUACACGACACCUCGUCGGAGGAUUGCUCGCCGAACUCGAAGACGACAUUGACAGGGACAAGUUUAAACGCCUCUUGCAUUACUCGCGUCGGCUCAGCAACUUUCAGAAUAGAGCAAAGCUCGUCCAGGCUGCCAUUGACGAAGUGCUCGAGCAAGACGAGGACAUGGAUGCCAUGUACCUUUCCGAUAAGAAAAAGGGUAUCAUCAAAGAGGAGCCAGACCACGAAGAGCUCGAGGUCUUGUUAGAGUCGUUUUCAAAGCAAGUGGAAGAAAUCGUCAACGAGUCCGAAACAACCAUGGCAAACAUUUCAUCCACACAGGAAAUCGUCGAACUCAUCCUAGACGCAAACAGAAACAACCUCCUCGCCCUCGAUCUCAAAGUCUCUAUAGCCACAAUGGGUCUCGGUGCAGGCGCCCUCUUUGCGGGUCUCUUUGGCAUGAACUUGAGAAACGAAAUGGAGGAAAGCGUAUUGGCGUUUGGCACCGCGUCCUCGAUAGCCGUCGGACUCGCCAUCGUCCUGGCUUGGGCGGGUAUGCGAAAAUUGGAUCGAAUACGUCGUGUUGGGCUCAGCAUGAACCACAGCAAACGAGCAGACCGCAUCUCCGUACCCAUUCGCACCUCGCUCUCCAGACGAGAACCACCACUAUGA